AUGGUCCACAGCACUCGAGAUCCCGCGACUCGGAUAAGGCACAUAAAGGAAACCAUUCUAAGCCUUCUAAACUCAGGUACAGAAACCGCCGAGAAGUUGACCAACUCGACCUUCGAACCGACCAACCUAAGCGAAGCCGUCAGCCAAUCGAAUGCCCUAAAAAGGGCCGUCACCAACAUCACCGGCAAGAUAGAACAGAGCGUCACGCUCGGAAAUGAAUGGAGAUCAUUGCGAUCGGGCAAUGAUGACGCCGAAAAGGAUUACAAUGAUUUCGUGGCAGAUAAUUUAAUUAAUGAAAAAAGAAAGGCGCUCGAUGUUUCACUUCAAGACCUAAAAGUGAUGUUAGAAGGCGUUACUGAGCACAAAACGAGGUUCGAUAGAGAGCAUCUCCUGGCCAAUACACCCGUCAUCCCAAAGACCUCACAGAGACUGCGUAGACAACCUCAAAAGACUCAUCCAAUUGUCACCCCUCGGAUGCAAGCUGUCUACGACGCGCAUAAUCCUGACUUGGAGAACGAUGAUGAGGAAGAAGACGACCCAGGAGAAGAAGAAGAAAGAAACAGAAGCCAAGGAAGAGCCAGAAACGCCAGGCAAAACCGGAACGUUUCAAGUGGUACACGGUCGAAUGUUGGACGGAGAAAGCUAGAACCAAUAGUAUUCUCAGGAGAUUUCUUAGAAUACACGUCGUGGAUGACCUGGUUCUUGGCUGGUUUUGAUACUCCGGAUCUGUCAGCGGUCGAAAAAGCACAGUAUUUACUGUCGAUGGUGGAAGGUGAACCGGCAAGGAUCUUGAAGGGCAUAGCGCUCAACGACUUUGAAGAUAUGUUGGAUGCCUUAGAUCAGGCAUACGAUAGACCAGACAUCAUCCAACACAAGCUGCUCCAGAAGGCUAAGAACGUGAAAGUCGGUACUGGAGGAUUACGACAGUACAUCUUGGACAUAAAGAUCACAAGAAGGCAAAUGCAACAAAAUGGUUUGGAAUGGGAUUCACCAUUAUGCAUACAAGAACUGGUUGACAAAUUGCCAGUCGAGAUAUUGGUUGAGUUGGGAAGAGUUAAGUGGGCCCUAACUUCAACAUAUGAAGUGUGGAAUAUGGACUUGCUGAUAAAGGCCCUCGAAGCCGUUGAAAGAAUGAUGACUCUGCCAAAUCUCAACCAGUCAAAACGAGCCGUUUUCACGACAUCGACCAGCGAACGAGUUGAGGAACAAAACAGACGAACCGGAACAUCUUCUCAACAAAGACCAAAUACCUUUGUGAAAAGAUAUCCAUGUUUGUUCUGCAACAGAACGGAUCACUCGUCAUUAAAAUGUCCGAAGACAACUACGUUAACGGCCCGAAAGGAAGCGCUACAGAAGUCAGGACGAUGUUUCCGGUGCCUAAGUUCAGACCAUCAGUCACGUGACUGUCAGGCUAAAUGUCGGGAGUGUGGAGCAGCCCACCAUCGAAUUAUAUGUAAACAGUUGCCCGUUAAUGUCCAUCUUACCCACACAGAAGUGGAAGAGGAAGAUGAGGUGAAUGAUGAAAGUCUGGCCCUAGAACAACUCGAAAUCGAGCUGGACGAAAAGCUGAGUCGGCAUGAGGUAGGAAACCCGGAGCCAACAACAGAAGGGACCGUUUUUGCUACCAUGGCUAAUGAAGGUUGUUUCCUAACAGCGGCAGAAGUUCCAUACCGAACAUCUACAGGGGAAGUGAUCUCCAUAGCCACUCUUCUGGAUAGUGAUGCUGAUUGUAGUUUCAUCACCGAACAACUAGCCAAGGAAAUAGGAGUUAAGACAGAGAAAAAGGUACUAUUGGCGACACAUUAA